AUGUCUACCUCUCAUCUCUGCACCAGCUGCAACAACACCUCUCUUUCACGCGACGACGACACCGGAGGAUUGUUCUGUGCCUCCUGCGGCAUUGUUCAACCCUUCGAUCAAUACAAAUCCUUCACCGGCGGCAUCAACGGUCCACAAGGCACCUUCGUCCACAUCGGAACCUCAGGUUCAGGUAACUUUUACUCUUACAAAGACAGAAAAUUAUUAUCCACUCGUAAUUCCAUUGAAGAAUUCACUAAUAGGUUAGGGAUAUGUUCCAAAACUAUUGAAAUUAAAUUCAUGAUUUCUGAUAUCACCGAUGGUGAAUUCGGUCAAGGGAACUGGUUUCAAGUUUUGAUUGAGGCCUGUUAUUAUGUCGUAAUGCGGAAGAGUGAUCGUCCUUUACCUAUGGCGGAAAUUGCUAAUGCUCUUGCUUGUGAUGUUUAUGAGCUUGGGAAAAUGAUUCUUAGGGUUAUUGAUUUUUUGGAUUUGAGAGGAAGUGAUUUUCCUGAGUUUGAUAUUGUGUAUUCGUUGGAAAGGACUAUUAAUAGCUCUUGUUGUUUUGAUGAUGUUGAUAGGAGUUUGAUUGAUAAAAUGAAGAAAAAGGGAGUGUUUUUGUUGCAAUGUGCUGUGAAGUUGUUUUUGAGUACCGGUCAUCGGCCGCUUCCUUUGGUUGUUGCGAUUUUGGUUUUGGUUGCUGAAAUUAACCAAGUUGAAGUUCGUAAAGAAGAUUUGGCGAAGGAGGUUCAUGUUGUUGUUUCCACUUGUAGAACUAGGUAUAAAGAGCUUCUUGAGACACUUGUGAAAAUUUCACAAGUGUUGCCUUGGGGAAAAGAUAUAACUAAGAAGAAUAUUGUUAAGAAUGCUCCUUUUGUGAUUCAGUAUAUGGAGAAGAAGUCUAUGUUAAAACCUGUUGAGAAGAGGAAGAAUCUUGAUCAGACUAGGUUUGAUUUGGAAGAAGUAGUUGCCGAGUGCUUGGCACAAGAGAAUGGAUAUGAAUAUGGGGUUGAUGGAUUAGUUUCACCAAAAUAUUCUCAGUAUCUUUCAUUGCCAAGUAAUACGGAUAGAGAAGAGAUCAGAGAUAUUGAUACGUCACAGAUUUCACCUGAAUGUUUAUCUCAGAUUUAUGAGAAGUUUUUAAAUGAGAAUCGUGGUGCUAUGUUGUCAAGGACUAUAAAUGUUUAG